AUGACUGAAGGAAAUAAGACGCAGGUGACUGAGUUUGUUCUCACAGGACUUACAGAUAUUCCUGAGCUCCAGUUGCCCUUGUUCCUGGUGUUCUUGGUCAUCUACCUCAUUACCAUGAUGGGCAACCUUGGAUUAGUUGCUCUCAUCUGGAAAGACCCUCACCUUCACACACCAAUGUACUUAUUUCUUGGCAGUCUAGCCAUUGCAGAUGCUUGUUCUUCUUCCUCAGUGACUCCCAAGAUGCUUGUGAAUUUUUUAUCUAAGAACCAUGCCAUACCCUUCUUUGAGUGCAUGGCUCAAUUUUAUUUUUUUGGCUCCAGUGCCACCACAGAAUGCUUUCUCUUGGUAGUAAUGGCCUAUGACCGCUAUGUAGCCAUAUGCAACCCUUUACUUUAUCCAGUGGUGAUGUCCAAUAACCUUUGCACUCAGUUUAUAAGUUUCUCAUAUUUCAUUGGGUUUCUACACUCUGCAAUCCAUGUGGGCUUGCUAUUUAGAUUAACUUUCUGUAGAUCCAAUGUAAUUCAUUACUUCUACUGUGAAAUCUUACAACUGUUUAAAAUUUCUUGCACAGAUCCUACAGUUAAUAUACUUUUGGUGUUUAUCUUCUCAGCAUUUAUACAAGUCUUCACCUUUAUGACCAUUAUCAUCUCUUACACUUGUGUUCUUUUUGCCAUCCUAAAAAAGAAGUCUGAAAAGGGCAGAAACAAAGCCUUCUCCACAUGCAGUGCUCAUCUUCUCUCGGUUUCUUUGUUCUAUGGCACUCUCUUCUUCAUGUAUGUGCGGCCUGGGUCUGGGCCUGCUAAAGAUCAUGACAAAAUGUACUCAAUAUUUUACACAAUAAUCAUCCCUCUACUUAAUCCUUUUAUUUACAGCUUGAGAAACAAAGAAGUUAUAGGUGCUCUGAGAAGAAUAAUGCAUAAGUAA